GGAGGGUUAUCGAGAGCGGUAGCACGAACACUAGCGCGCCGCGAAGCGAGCCGAACCCAGGGGUUUCCGGCGGAGGAGUGCGCACGGGUUACAUCAGCGACAGGAGCGGGGGGUUCGUCUCGUACGUGGGCAGGUCGCGCUUAGAGGUGGGAACGCGCCGCUCUUUUUCUCGUUUCUGAUGGGAAACCGGAUCGGCUCCAAUCAAGAAGACAAUCGAACCGCGUCGUAUCGCGGGCGUGUGAAACGGAGGUGAAUUUUUGGCUCCUCCGAGAGCGGAGCCGGAGGUACGAACCGGAACCCUCACACAUCGCUGUGCUUCUGAACAACCAGCUGGUAAAUUGCUGAGGGUGAGGGGCGAGGAAGUGUGUGCGCGUGGAGCGAGCGAGCGGACACGGCGGCGCGGAGGAUCGCCGGCGAAGCGGAGCCUCCGGGCGAAGAGGCCGGGCCCGGGUUGGCGGAGCGGGGAGGAGAGCCUGCUGGAACCCCUCGUCCCCACUUCUGGCGCCGCACGACAACGAGUGACUGGAGCGAAACGAACGGGUCGGAGCUGAGAUCCGUAGGACUCCGUGGCCGGGAUUUGACGUGUGAGAGCCGGGGAGGAACCGGACAGAGACCUCAUGAAUGGAAAUCGGAACUACAGGUAACCUCAGAAAAGCUACUUACUUGGAGGUUUGUUUGGAAAAAGUGGCAGUUGGACAAAUAAGUCCCAUCCCCCGUUUGACCAGAAGAGUCAGUUUCUGGAGUGCAGCCCCAGUGCGGAGUCAAACCUGACCCAUAGCGACCACUCACGCAGUUUCCAAGGCAAGCCAAGGGAAGAACAGAGGAGCCGUUGGGGCCCAGUCCCUGUUCUCCGUGCCACGACGCCCUGGCUAUGGCACCAUGGGGAAGCCCAUCAAGCUGCUGGCCAACUGCUUCCAGGUGGAGAUUCCCAAGAUGGAUGUUUACCUGUAUGAGGUGGACAUCAAACCUGAGAAGUGCCCACGCCGGGUCAACAGGGAGGUGGUGGAUUCCAUGGUGCAGCACUUUAAGGUCACCAUCUUUGGGGAUCGUAGACCAGUGUAUGAUGGAAAGCGGAGCCUCUACACAGCCAACCCCCUACCUGUGGCUGCUGGAGGGGUGGAUUUGGACGUCACGCUGCCUGGUGAGGGGGGCAAGGAUCGGCCCUUCAAAGUCACCAUCAAGUUUGUGUCCUUGGUCAGCUGGCACUUGCUGCACGAGGUCCUGACAGGCCGCAGUAUGCCAGAGCCCCUGGAGCUGGACAAACCCAUCAGCACCAACCCAGUUCACGCAGUAGACGUAGUGCUACGCCACCUGCCCUCCAUGAAGUACACCCCUGUUGGGCGGUCAUUCUUCUCUGCACCAGAGGGUUACGACCAUCCCUUAGGUGGUGGGAGGGAGGUGUGGUUUGGGUUCCACCAGUCUGUGCGCCCUGCCAUGUGGAAGAUGAUGCUCAACAUUGAUGUGUCAGCCACAGCGUUCUACAAAGCACAGCCUGUGAUCCAGUUCAUGUGUGAGGUUCUGGACAUCCACAACAUUGAUGAGCAGCCACGGCCCCUCACUGACUCGCACCGGGUCAAAUUCACCAAAGAGAUAAAAGGUCUCAAGGUGGAGGUCACACACUGCGGCACCAUGCGAAGAAAGUACCGUGUGUGCAAUGUCACCCGGCGGCCGGCCAGCCACCAGACGUUCCCUUUGCAGCUGGAGAAUGGGCAGACAGUAGAGCGUACUGUAGCCCAGUACUUCAGAGAGAAGUACAACCUGCAGCUCAAGUACCCCCACCUGCCCUGCCUGCAGGUGGGCCAAGAGCAGAAGCACACCUACCUGCCCCUGGAGGUGUGUAACAUUGUGGCAGGGCAGCGCUGCAUCAAGAAACUGACAGAUAAUCAGACCUCCACCAUGAUCAAAGCGACAGCACGCUCUGCACCUGACAGACAGGAGGAGAUCAGCAGACUGGUGCGCAGUGCCAACUAUGAGGCAGACCCUUUUGUACAAGAAUUCCAGUUCAAGGUGCGGGACGAGAUGGCUCACGUCACAGGGCGCGUGCUACCAGCGCCCAUGCUGCAGUACGGCGGCAGGGUGAGCUCAGAGCACUUUAUGAACCGUACGGUAGCCACGCCCAGCCAUGGGGUGUGGGACAUGAGGGGUAAGCAGUUCCACACAGGGGUGGAGAUUAAGAUGUGGGCCAUCGCCUGCUUCGCCACACAGAGACAGUGCCGUGAGGAAAUCCUCAAGGGUUUCACAGACCAGUUGCGAAAGAUCUCCAAAGAUGCCGGGAUGCCCAUUCAGGGCCAGCCGUGUUUCUGCAAAUACGCGCAAGGAGCGGACAGCGUGGAGCCCAUGUUCAGGCACUUGAAGAACACCUACUCUGGGCUGCAGCUCAUCAUCGUCAUCUUGCCUGGCAAGACUCCUGUCUACGCGGAGGUGAAGCGGGUAGGAGACACACUGCUGGGGAUGGCCACCCAGUGUGUCCAGGUGAAGAAUGUGGUGAAGACCUCCCCCCAAACGCUCUCCAACCUCUGCCUGAAGAUCAAUGUCAAACUGGGUGGUAUCAACAACAUCCUGGUACCUCACCAACGGCCUUCAGUGUUCCAACAGCCAGUCAUCUUCCUGGGUGCUGAUGUUACACAUCCUCCAGCUGGAGAUGGGAAGAAGCCCUCCAUUGCAGCGGUGGUAGGCAGCAUGGAUGCCCAUCCCAGCCGGUACUGUGCCACGGUUCGAGUCCAGCGCCCUCGUCAGGAGGUCAUUCAGGACCUGGCCUCAAUGGUUCGAGAGCUGCUGAUCCAGUUCUACAAAUCUACCCGCUACAAGCCCACUCGUAUCAUCUUCUAUCGCGAUGGUGUAUCAGAAGGCCAGUUUAGACAGGUGCUGUAUUAUGAGCUGCUGGCCAUUCGGGAGGCCUGCAUCAGCCUGGAGAAGGAGUACCAGCCAGGCAUCACCUACAUCGUGGUGCAGAAGCGUCAUCACACGCGUCUCUUCUGUGCCGACCGCAAUGAGAGGGUUGGACGUAGCGGAAACAUUCCUGCUGGCACAACCGUAGACACAGAUAUCACCCACCCCUACGAGUUUGACUUUUACCUCUGCAGUCAUGCUGGAAUACAAGGCACCAGUCGGCCCUCUCAUUACCACGUCUUGUGGGACGACAACUGUUUCACUGCUGAUGAGUUUCAGCUACUCACCUACCAGCUGUGCCACACCUACGUGCGCUGCACCCGUUCUGUCUCCAUCCCUGCGCCUGCCUAUUACGCCCACUUGGUGGCGUUUCGAGCGCGCUACCACCUGGUGGACAAAGAACAUGACAGUGCUGAAGGCAGCCAUGUCUCUGGACAGAGCAACGGCCGGGACCCCCAGGCGCUGGCCAAGGCCGUACAGAUUCACCAUGACACCCUGCGGACCAUGUACUUCGCCUGAGAGUGCCCCCACUUGUCCACCUCCUCCCUCCCAACACCACCCCUACCUGCCUCAACCCUCUCCCACCUCCACCCCCACUUUGCCUAGAACCAAGCCACAAAAAGCCAGAGCUUGCUUGCCCAGGAGGCUAGGAGGGUCGAUCUCCGUGGGGGGCCAGACCCUGCCAGUCAACCCACACCUGACACUGUGCAGAAAGAAAGAGGGUGGCGUGCUGGGGGUUGGGGGGGGCCCUGACAGUCGCCAGAGGACACAAAGCUGCUUUGAGACGAAUCAACAAAAAAAAAAACCACACACACAAAAAAGAACACAGCACUAUUAUGCAAUAUGAAACCAGCCAACUGCUUUUCAGCACUCCCCCUGCCACCUCUGUGUGUCCACCCUUCUCCGGCCCGCAGAGGGGAGGCACAACCAUAAUUUAUUUAAGGUGUUUGUUUUUGAUCCCCCUCCUUUCUGGUUUUUCCCCUGCUCUUGCCUUUACCUCAAGAGUUUUAAUAAUGGCACUUUCCAUUUGGUUUUGUGUUUUUUGUUUUGUUCUUGUCAUUUUCUCUUUUGGUGAUAAAGAAGGGGAACUGAAAUAGGAAUGGGAGACUGUGCGUUGAGGAUCUUUUUGGGGUCAGCAGCCUGAACAGUGUCCUUUGUGGUAUCUGAUUCAGCAUGUUCUGGCUGCCCCAGUUGAUUAACGUAGUCUCAGCCUGCCAGGCCAGUUUACGCAGUUGAACAAAUCUGCAUGCCUUUCUGUGCACCUGUCUGUGAGAUAGUCUGUCCGAGUCCAAACGGUUAGCGUCCAGUUCCUUAUUCAGAUGUUCAAAUUUCAGCCAUUCCCUACGCACUUUCUUUCUUGCUUUUCAGUUCUCCUUUUUUGCCAUUGGUGACUUAGUGUGACAGUGUCAAUUUGGAGCACUGAACCUAUUCCAGUCAAAGAGUAAAAAACCGAUCGGUAGAAAGGUGAAAUUAUGAAUAUGUUGAUGUGAGCUCAGUGCCACCGACAUGCAUCAAGGUCCAAGUGCUCUUUGAGAACAGCCACUGAAGCCUUCCUUUUCUUGGGGGGGUAAUGCAAGUUAACAGAAUCUUUAAAACAUUUAAUGGUGACUAGUGAAGUUCCCUUCGUACUGAGCAGAGUGAUGCACAUUGUCAUUCAGUAAUAAUAUCAACUGGGGGUUAACGGUACGUGUUCCCCCACACACUCUAUUGAGCUUUUCUCGGUAACAUUGCAAUGUGAUCCCAUUGUAAUUUAUGUUCUUUUUUUUUUUACUGGAUUAGGUCCUUGUGUUUUUUUUUUUUCUUUUUUCUUCCCUCCCUUCCCUCCUUCCUUGUAUUUAUUAGCAUAAUGAAGCAUAAUAAUUUGUUUUCAGUGCAGCAUUAUCUGUUGCAAGAGUAGCACAGUUGUCUAGUUCUGUUUAACCUGACAGACCAUGUUGUCGCUGUCCUUUAGUGCAAUAAUCAGUUUUUGCGCAGGAGCAGGCUCAGUCUGAGAGGGUAGGCUCUCACCGGUGAGGCCUGUUUUUUUUUUUUUCUUUAAAAAAAAAAAAAAAAAGGAAGAAAAAAUGGGAGUCUUCAUUAACCGGUUGCCAAAACAGUGGCAAGUCGGUCAAGCUGGGCCCUCUGACCUGAAGGAAAAUGGCUUUUUUUUUUUUUUUUUGGAAAGGGAAUGGAGAGCAUUGCAUUUGAAGGUAGUGUGCUUUUGGGCAGAUGUGUGAAGGCAAGAGUGAGGCAUUUGGCACUAUUGCCGUUGCUUUUUUAAGAGAGCAACUGGAGGCUGUGAGCGAUGCCCCAUGUUCUUAGUCUUGGGAGGAUCUCCUUAUUUGUGUUGGAUAAGCAGUCUGAGGUCAAGUGCCUGAUUUUUCUUCUUCCUUCCUCUCUCUGUCUCCUUCAAAGGAAGAAUGUAUGCUGACUCUUAAAUAAUGAUAAAAACAUUCAGAGAUGCUCAAACCAAGGCAAGGGGCACAGUAAGACCUGGGUUGACCUAGCUUCAUAUACUGUGGGUUUAUUUUUUUUAAGUUUAAUCUAGAAUGUGAAUCCUUUCAACAGAAUAACUGGCCUGGCUGUUUUCCUUCAGCUAAUAUUAGUAUUUCAUUUGCACUGAGGGGGGGUGGGCAAGUUAGAGGGUAAACAUAAUUGUAUUUCAGUUUUAUUUUCUGCAAAAGGGCAUUGUCUUUUUCCCAGUCAAGCUGUGCCCUGGGUUUCUUAGACCUGGAUGAUGCACCUAGGCAGUGUAGAGGCAGACUGAAAGAAGGGGAGGUGGAGAAAGGAGGUUUGUGUGUGUGUGUGUGUGUGUGUGUGUGUGUGUGUGUGUGUGUGUGUGUGUGUGUCUGGGUUUCUGUGCAGCCUGAGGCAGGGUCUGCAAGCUCAUUUCUUGCCCCAGUUUUCUCCUUUGCCUUCCCUGAGCAGCAGCCUUUGAGUUAUGCUGCACCUUUUCUGCGGGAAAUAGAAAAUAAAUAAAUGGAUAUAGCUGCUAUUCUUCAGAUAUAUGUAUAGAGAGAUAAAAAGUAAGACAAUGUUUCUGCACUAAAAGAUGCAUGUGUUGGACUGAACACAGGCCUGGUGCUAUGAGUUGUGGCUGGCAUGCCACAACCCCUUAGAGGAUUUGGGGGGAGAAUUUGUGUACGGGCAGGACAUUUCAAAGAUCUGCCCACCUCUUAAGUAAAUGAGGAACCUCAUGGGGUUAACUUGUGGGUCAGGUGGGUGGGCCUUGCAUUUUAAUUUGUGUUGAAAUGUUGGGGUGGGCUGGGGAUCUUUAAAGGUACAGUGACACUCUACAAGGGUUAUGGACAAGACCGCCCAGCGGGAUAGAUGUUGCAUUUGAAGGGACUGCAGUGUGUGGGUGCAGGGCCGCCAAGGCUCGGUUAAAUUAACGGUGGCACUUCGGAGGGGGGCCUCCCUGUGGCCUACAGCUGGCUGUGGCAUCCUCUCAUGUUUGAAUCCACAUGGGUCAAACCUUGCAUCCUUGUUGAACUUUUCAAGACAGUUUUUAAACCAGAGCGUAGCUAUAUUUCUAUAUUUUAAAUUAUGUAAUGCACACCACUUAUUUUUGCUAACAAAGUUUAAAAAGAAGCAUAAUGGCGAAUGGUAAUAAUGAUCAUAAUAAUGGUGAUAAUGAGUUUUAAUAAUGCAAUAGACUGUUGACUUUUUCCCUUGUGAGCAUAGUCAGUGUAUAGUGUUUUGGCACACCUGGAUUUCAGCUGCGCACCAGGCUUUGAGUGGGUGGUGCAGCUGCUCUUGCAGGCAGACUGUUAUUAUAGGUGCUGGGUCAUAUAGCAGGUGGGCUUCCCCCACGUCUCCCGGGUCACUCUGAUCCCUCUCCCAGUCAGCAGAGAUGCAAGCCAAUGUUUUGUGAAACUUAUUUUUGUCUUGUCCAGCUUUUGAAGCGUAGCAGUCUCUCCCCAAGAUACUGAUAUGUGUAGGACACCCCCCCCCCCAUAUUAUGUACUGCUGUUUUAUAGGUGUACUUUACCAUUGCGUUCUUUGGGUUUCAUAAGCUGCAAUGCACAGUUGUCCAAAAGCGGAUGUCUGGCAGGAACUUUCCUGAGUUGUAAUAUGGCCAUCACACUGGUGAGUCUAUGGGACAUGCUUGCUUCUCAGAAGUGGAACUUGGUUGCUGGCACUUAAAAAUAUUCCCCCUGCAUGCACACUGUCGGAUGCUGUUCUCCUGGAAGCAAGUCACCAUAAAGUCUGUUCCCUCUAUCCCGUUAUCCUUUUUUCUCACUUCUAAAGUGGCUGGCCCAGGGUCCAUCCAUGGUUUUAAGGCCAUUAUAAAUGUCAGGCUGGGUGUUGACAGGUAUUUUCAUGUGCCACAGUGGCACAGGGAUGAUUUUGGGAAAAUCUCGCAUAAAUGCAUGUUAAGGUCAGUUUGGAAUUUACUCACUGGAGAUGUGGGAGAAUGCUACAUCAGUGGGAAGUGACUUUUGUGUAGGGGCAUGUUGUGCUUUUUUUUUUUUUUUUUUUUUUUUUUUUAAAAAAAAAAAAAAAAAAAAAAACCCAUGGUGGAUGGAAGAUGGAUUGGUGCCAGCUGCCUUUGGUUUUGACCUGCCCCCCCCACCCCCCAUCAUCCCCAGGGGGAUGAGUUUACAACUUAGCAAAUAAGUUCAUGCAGUGUUCUCAUGGUGUUGGCCGAAUGCUGUGACAGUGUUAUUUGUUUUCAUAUGGUUACUGUCCUAUGUGCAGGGGACCUGACAGCUGUUCUGGUCUAGAUCCUCACCUGCGACAUUGCUACUGGAGAACUUAGAACAUUGGUGCAUCAUUUCAUGUGACAACCCAACUCAUUUGUGUAUUGUUCAUGCAUGUAUGUGUUGCGUUUUUUUUAGCCCACAUAUAUUAUUUUGUUGACUCUUGGGGGGUUUGGGUGGUUAUCUUAGGGCAGAGUAGUCCACAGAAAGUGCCUUUCUUGAUGACGGUGCUGAAAAAUGAAACAAAAAUGAAUCAAAGAGAAGUCUUAUUUUCAAAACGUUGAAAGGCUGAAAUAUUUUGCAUCUACAAUGACGUGCGCAAAAGAUAUUUGUCUAUGUGAUUUAAAAAAAAAAAAAAA